GAGGAUCUGAACGCUCCCUGCCGCAUGGACAAGAGCACAGACAUCUGCAGCAACAACGGCGACUGCGUGUGCGGCACGUGUGAGUGCAAGAAGAGGGAGAACCCCGAGGAGCGCUACAGCGGCAAGUACUGCGAGUGUGACAACUUCAACUGCGACCGCUCCAACAACAAGCUCUGUGGAGGCCACGGGCGGUGUGAGUGCCGUGUGUGUUACUGCGAUGCUAACUACACGGGCAGCGCGUGCGACUGCUCUCUGGACACCUCCACCUGUCUGGCCAAGAACAAGCAGAUCUGUAACGGCCGCGGGACCUGUGAGUGUGGGGUGUGUAAGUGCACCGAUCCCAAGUUCCAGGGAGCCACCUGCGAAGAAUGUCCCACCUGUCCCGGAGUGUGUACUGAGCACAAGUGA